CCGGGGUGGGAGGAGCCUAUAGAGCCGGCUGGUGUUUGAAAAUGAAUGAUAUGCUGCCUCACUUGUAGACUCAGCUACCGGUUCUCCGUGUUUCCCGAGCGGCAGAAUUCCACAUACAGAUAAAGGAAUUAUCACGGCGAAAAGCUGUAAGAACAGAACCAAAGGAGAGAGUUUUAACCAUGCAAUUGACCGCAUUAGAACCCAACUCCAUGUCUGAGCCCGUGGUCAUAGAGCGUCCUCAAGAAGUGGGCUUUCCGGAACCAUCCUGUCCCGCUAGAGACUCUGAAGCUUCUCCUGAUUAUGAACACACGGACACAGCAAAUGACUCCUCAGAGGAAGAGUCCACGGGGGAGAGGGACGCCGAGGCCACGGCUGUGGAUGCGCUGGAAAUCAUUGCAGUCCCAGCUCAACAGAGCACAAACACAGAACAGGUGAAUACCCAGAGCCCAGACUCAUCGACCAAGACAGGGGCAGCAGAGUUCCCUCUGUGGACGUCACAGAGGGAUGCCGAGGUGAAACUCAGGAUGGGGGAGUCUGGUGUGGCAGCUGAAGCUCCUUUGACCAUCAACCAAAUGUUCACGUCAGCCGUGGAGCGCUUUGGUGACUACACAGCUUUGUCUUGGAAAGAGGGCGAGCAGACCAAAAGCCUGAGCUACACAGAUUACUACAAGGCCUGCCGCACUGCUGCCAAGAGUUAUUUAAAGCUGGGUUUACAGCGCCAUCAUGGAGUUUGCAUCCUGGGCUUUAACUCUUCAGAGUGGUUCAUCGCAGACAUUGGGGCCAUUCUGGCGGGUGGGUUUGGUGUUGGCAUCUACACCACCAACUCUCCUGAAGCAUGCCAGUACGUAGCAGAGAACUGCAAAGCUAAUGUCAUUGUGCUGGAAAAUGAGAAACAACUGCAGAAAAUCCUGCAGAUUGAAGACCAGCUGCCUCACUUGAAAGCCAUUGUCCAGUACAAAGGUGCACUCAGAGAGAAGAGGCCGAAUUUAUACACAUGGGCAGAGUUCAUGGAGCUCGGACGCGACGAGCCCGACGCGCCCCUCGAUGCAAUCCUUUCUAGUCAGAAGCCCAAUCAGUGCUGCUCGCUCAUCUACACUUCAGGAACCACGGGCCAGCCCAAAGGAGUCAUGCUGAGCCAUGACAACCUAACGUGGACGGCCCUCUCCACCGCCAAACAUGUCCGCCUCACAGACGCCACCGUGGCUCAGGAGGUGGUGGUCAGCUACUUGCCCCUGAGUCACAUCGCAGCUCAGAUGGUGGACAUGUGGGUCCUCAUGAGGGUCGGCGGGGCAACCCAUUUCGCCCAGCCGGAUGCUUUAAAGGGGUCGCUGGUUGACACCCUGAAGGAAGUGCGUCCCACAGCCUUCAUGGGCGUCCCACGAGUCUGGGAGAAGAUGCAGGAGAAGAUGAAAAGCGUUGGCGCAAAGUCUUCAACUCUACGCAGAAAAGUAGCUGCUUGGGCCAAAGAUGUGGGUCUGCAGACCAAUCUGACCAGGAUGAACCAAAACACUGCAACCGGCCAGACUCCUUUCCAAUAUCAGUUAGCCAAAAAGUUAGUUUUUAAAAAGGUGCGUAAGGCUCUGGGUCUGGACCGCUGUACCAAAUGCUACACGGGAGCUGCCCCCACCACCAAAGACACCCUAGAGUUCUUCCUCAGCCUGGACAUCCCUUUGUACGAACUGUACGGCAUGAGUGAGUGCACCGGACCCCACACCAUCUCUCGCCCCGAUGCCUUCAGACUCACCAGCUGCGGUAAGGAGAUCCCUGGCUGCACAACAAAGCUGAACAACCCCGACGAGGAAGGAAAUGGCGAGAUCUGCUUCUGGGGUCGCCACAUCUUCAUGGGUUACCUCAAUGCGCCGGACAAGACAGAGGAGGCGCUGGAUGCAGAGGGCUGGCUGCACUCGGGUGACCUGGGCAAACGCGACGAGCACGGAUUCCUCUACAUUACAGGGCGAAUUAAAGAAUUGAUCAUCACUGCAGGAGGUGAGAACAUCCCUCCUGUUCCCAUUGAGGAUGCAGUGAAGGACGCGGUGCCACUUCUCAGCAAUGCCAUGCUGAUUGGAGACAAAAGAAAGUUUCUGUCCAUGCUCGUCACCAUUAAGUGCCAAAUAAACCCAGAGACAGGCAACCCAGAGGAUGAGCUGACACCCGAAGCUUUGGAGAUCUGCAAGAAGCUGGGCAGUACCGCCAAAACCGUGUCUGAGAUCGCAGGCGGCCGAGACCGCGCGGUCCAUGCCGCCAUCCAGGAAGGAAUCAACCAGGUCAAUAAGAAAGCAACCUCCAACGCCCAGUGCAUUCAGAAGUUUGUGGUUCUGGACCGGGAUUUUUCCAUCAACGGAGGAGAGCUGGGACCAACCAUGAAGCUAAAGCGGCCAGUGGUGCUGAAGAUGUACAAAGACCAAAUCGAUAACUUCUACAAGGAUGUGGAGACCCCAGCAGACAACCAGCGGGCUCCAAAAUAAAAUCUGCCGCGUCCCUGACUGUUCGUGCGCUCGUUAGGCGCAGCACGACUCAGCAGUUCUGCCUCCCAUCCUUGAAUAAAUGUUUGGCCUUAAGCUGUGCUCACUCCGCCUCGGUUUACAUUUGUGAUCGUUCCGCAGACGAGGACUUGGUGGAGGCUGUUGUAAAACUACAAGUGUGAAAAUUCAUUUAUUUUUUAUCAUUUUUAUUCUAGUAAGAUGAAGAUCAGCAUCAAGCUUUAUGAUAGACAACAUAUACUGUAAUAACAACGCAAUCCAAAAACAUCCAGGUUUAUUAUACGAUAAAUGUUUUGCAUUUCUAUUUAUUUUAUUGCCAAAUUAUUUUUUGUCAUAAUUUUUUUAAUGAGCUUUAACUUGAUCUUUCUGAAUGGGUUUGGAUUUUUCUGUAAGUUUUCAAAAAGAUUCAAGACAUUCCACUGCUUAAGUCAGAGCCAUAACUGUUUUUGUCUUUUGAAAGAAUUCUGCAUUUGUGUAAUGCUGUGAUUUUUAUGGCAUUUUGUAAGAAUGUUUGUUGCCUGCCUCUAUUUUAUUCAUGUCUAUCUACUUUGUUCCUGUUCUCUCACAGUAAAUUAAAUGUAAAUAGUGUGAAAACUCAUCAACAUAUCGACUGCUGGGAUCAUUAAUCUGCUGCCAAAACGUAUGCGUCAGAACUGAACAUUUCAAGAUAUUCUGUUUGUUCUCAUUCGUAGCAUUUCUGACAUCAGAGGGAUUUAAAUCCCUAAACCUGCUUAUUGCACUCCAAACAGCAGAUCUUCUACCUGUGACAUCUGUAUAUAUUUAAUUAUAUGUGGAACUCUCUGAAGUUUGAAGACGUUCAUUGACAGUGAAGGAAAUGACGGUGAUUCUGGUUGGGUCUUGGUGGGUGGGUUUCCUAUGUUUCUCCUGCUCUAUAGAGUAGAAAAGAAAAACCUAAGCUUCUGUGAUUUAAAUAAGCUGUAAUGUGUUGGGUUGGCUUUUGAAGAUUCACACACCCAGACACAAAACUGGACUCACCUGAUCCUUACAUCCGCACACGCAUCAGGGUUUGACAGUGGACUUGUGCAUCGGAGUGAAGAUGGUCUGCUUGUAAAGUUGAAAAUGUGAAUUUUUGCGUGAUCGCUUCUGCAAUAAAAUGUUAUUACAAUCAA